AUGGGAGCUACACCCAUUACACGCUGUGUUUUCAGCGGGCUACGAGGAAGCUGCUGCUGCAGCUCUGAUACAGAAAGAGCAACGCAGCGAAACACGCAGGCUGCUAGCUCAGAGGCGGCAUGGCGGGGCUACAGGACUUCCAACAAGACAGCCACUGUCACAGGAAAUCGUGGAUUAAUAUAUUAUUAGGAAUACUUCAGAUACUUCUACCAUACGUUCAACACGGAGAGGCUCAGCUGCAAGCUCUGAGUCAGAUGUCCACGAGCGUGGUUGAGGUCUGGCAGCCAGAGGAGACGGACCCAUUUGUGCCGCUUCAGGUGGUGGAGGAGAGAAGAAGAGAUGGUCUUCCUCUGGAAGACAGUUCCUCUCCAUAUACGCAAGAGAAUGGGAUGCCUCUGCAUAUUCAGCCCCCAGUGUUGGAUUUUGGGACACAGCCGCUGGGGUUGCCAAGAGCUGAAACCAUAUAUAUACACAACCCCAGCCAGGAAGUUCCUGUGACCGUGCUGUCGAUGUUUCCAUCCAGCAGGCAAUUUUACAUACCUUCCUUUCACAGAAGAGUCAUACCACCGAAGGGGAAGGCAUCUUUUAAACUAAUUUUCCUCCCAUCUGAGGAGGGCAGUGCAGAAAACACAUUAUUUAUAAACACAUCAGCCCAUGGACUGCUUUCGUACCAGGUGUUUGGUGUGGGAACCCACCAGACUAAAUUAAAAUCUUCCCAACGAAAGGAAACUCAUCUAAUAUUCCCUCACAUCCAGAGCAUAAAGCUGACCCAAACUCAGGAAGAUGCCUCUAACAUCACCAUUCUGGGUCUGCUCCUGGAAUGCAGUUUACCAAAGAGUUUACUGAGCAGUCCUCAGGGGUCCUGCCUCCAGAAAGAGGAGUGUCUCAGUCUCCAGAUUAAUCUGUCUGCUUGUGGUGACCGGCCCGCUGAACUGGACAAGCUCAAGCCCUACGUCAUUGAGCACAUUUUGUUCCUGCUGGUCACUCCUGCUGUUGGACCAGCUGCAUUUGGGGAUGCAAAAAUAGGAGUUUAUAUGUUGAAUUCUGGAGGGAAACAGCUCUACAUAAAGGACAUGCAGGUGUUGUCAAAGGUGGAGACCAGCCUAAACUUUAACAAGGUUCUUCUAAGACCAGAGGCAAAGAACUUCACCCAGGUGGCCAGCUUAACAUGCAGAGGUAUAUUUCCAGAUCAUGGACAGAAGUGUAUAAGUCAUAUCAGUUUAAAAAUAAUGGGGAACAAAACGACCUCCAGCUUCCCAGGAUUACACAUCACACACAGAUGGACAGUAGGGGAUUUGUUCAGUUUGUUUCAGGUGAAACAAAGUAACCACCACCAGAUGGAGCUAUGGUUCUCAAACCCUUCCCCUCUGCCUUUCACUUUGGUCAACGCCACGCUGUCAGAGAUGCUGCAGGGCGUGGUGAAGGUGGUGAACUUCAGUAGUCCAUUGAGCGUCUCCACAGGUUGCUGGCGAAUCCUGUCCCUCCAACUGCUAAACAGGACUCUGCCUCUGAACUACAUGCUGACCCUGAGUCUGGACACUAGGCUCGGCAUCAGACUGCACAUUCCCUUCUACUUUCAUUUAACUUCAUCAAAGGAGGAGGUGGUGUUUGAGGCCGAGCGUGAGUGUGCACGGCAAUGUUCUCUUCGGUUAUCUGAAGCAGGUCGCCAGGAGUGGCAGCGAUCCCUUCAGCCAGACUCUUUCACCUCUUCCUGGGUUGUAGACAGCAAGCUGGCUGCAGAGCUCUGCUCUCGGUCACAGAAUUACAAAGACAAACUACCCUGCAGGUGGCCCAGGCUUCUUGCUGAGGGAUCUGCUCCUCUGAACUUUGGGGCUACGCCUGUCAAUGAGAGCAAAGUUAAAACAUUCAUGCUGAAGAAUCCUUCACCCUCAGUGGUUUCUGUGGAGAUUCGAACCCUUUCCCUUUACCCUUCUCCCAGUGAAGCUCUGGACCUUCUAACCAAAUGGUUUAAUAUCAGCUCCCAAACUGUGAACAUCAGCACAGAAGAGUUUUCUCUGCUGGCUUCUCCUCCAAAGGCAGGUGAGAGCGCAGCAGAUGUAACAGGAGAGGGUGUUCUGCGUCUGCUGCUGCAGCCCUGGGAGACCAGAGAGGUUGCUGUGGUGUUUAGCCCCACCCAACACAAACCAACCAACACCAUUCUCAUUAUCAGAAACAACUUGACAGUAUUUGACAUGGUGACCCUACAAGGCCAUGGAGCCAAAGAACUCCUAAGAGUCGGGGGUAAACUUCCUGGUCCAGGCGUGUCUUUACGCUUCAACGUUCCUCAGUCUACUCUGAUGGAGUGUCGUGACGGUCUGCGCACCAGUAAGCCUCUGUUUGCUAUCAGGAAGAGUUUUAAGGUGGAGAAUGCAGGAGAGCUUCCUCUAACUGUCAUGUCCAUGAACAUCAAUGGUUAUGCGUGUCAGGGGUAUGGCUUUGAGGUGCUGCAGUGUCGCUCCUUCAGGCUGGAGCACAACACUUCCUCUGAGAUCACAAUUGCGUUUACACCAGACUUCACGUCCUCCUGGGUGAUUCGGGACCUCACCUUGGUGACAUCACGUGGUAGCACUUUUCCUUUCACCCUUAACGUGACUCUGCCCCACCACAUGCUGCCACUCUGUGCCCAGGUGGUACCAGGCCCCAGCUGGGAAGAAACCUUUUGGGUUGUCACUCUCAUCUUCACAUGCUUCUCCUUGGUGGGCGUGUGUUUGAUGGCCUUCCAUCAGGCUCAGUACAUCCUCAGAGAGUUCUCUACCCCGAGCAUCCGGAGCAACCACAACUCUGUCCUAUCCCAGGAGAACAGCUCUGUCAAUAACAUCACCUCCAAUGGAGUAAAUAAAUCUAAAGGCAGCUGUAAGACCUACAUAGACACCUGUCACACAUCUGAUAAAGGAAAGGGCCGGGGCUCUUCAGCUGUGGCCAACAGCCCGCCCCCUCGGUCUCAGUCCUCAAAGAAAGGCUCAACCACUACCUUCCAACCACAGAAGAAGCAUAAGGUGUCGCUUUAUUACACCAAACAUAAGCCCAGCUCAGCCGCUGCUGCUGCUGCUGCCAUGGACGAAGAACACGAGGACCUGACACCAGACAGCCUCACUCCGGACUCCUGCAACGACAACCACCCAGCAUUCAUCAGCGAGCCAGAGAAAAAGAUGCCCACCCGCUUUCCAGAGAACUUCCAGGGCAACAUGGAGCACAGUACGUCAGCAGCAGUUAUGUUUCCUGUGGAAAUAGCUGCUAGGUUCCCUGAGGACGUCACACUGGCUCCAGGACCCAGACCCGGUUUGUUACUCUGCAGCCCUGUGGAGAGGAGCUGCAGCGAGAUCUACACAGAGAAGAUCGACUCUGAGAAAAGGGACAUUUCUGAGUUGGAGUUUGCAGAAGAAGCUAAAGAGCAGAAAAACAAGGCUCUGAAUCCAGAGAGUGGAACAGCAGUGGGAAACAAUAAGGGAAAGAGGAAUCGCAGGAUAACGGAAAAUGUCUCCAGUCCUCCUGAGCACAAUGUUAUAAACGUACCAGAAAGGGAGAAGGAACCUAAUUUGAAAACGAGGGAUCACAAUAUGAGCGAAAACCGUACCAGGAACCGUGGCUGCAGCGGCUUAAAGUCAGAAGUGCUGAAACCAGAAAACCCGCUCAAACAGAACAGUGUGUGUCCAAGUCGGAGUCGCAGAAGGUGUGGAGCAAUAGAGCGCCGUGCAGGGGGGUUGUCGGAGUCUGGCUCAGACUCUGGCAGUUCGUCGGGAAGCGUGAGGGCCAGCAGGGGGAGCUGGGGCAGCUGGAGCAGUGCAAGCAGCAUGGAGGGAGACAAGGACCACGGUGCUCGAACACACGCCUGCACUACCUCAUAUAGAAAAAGAGAUUUGAUGCAGAACUACCCUACAGAAACAGACUGCUACCAGAGCAUGAAUAACAACUACAAGGCCUCAAGCUUGUAUAACAAAGAGAUGUGCCAAAGCUCAGACCCUGCUCCCUCAAGCUUUGUCCCAAGUUUUGCUGAUGUGGCUGCAAGAAUAGACAGGAAUACAGCAGCUGGUCAUUAUGUGCCUGAAGAUACAUGGUCAGCUCCAUCCAUCCCUCUAACCAAUGAGUUCAGAUACAACACAACCGAAGCUCUGCCCUACAUACCUCAGCCAGUUGUCACCGCAUCGUACAACGGCUUCACGUGGAGCAGUGCCAACAGUCAUUGCAACAGUCCCUGCAGCUACACUGGAAAUGGACCUUUUCAGAGUGGUUUCCCCCGUCAGGGGGGGCAGAACGUCAAUGGCAGUCAGAGCAGCUGGAGUAAUGAGCAGCCUCAGGAAUCUCCUUCCACCUGGAACUCAGCAGCAUGUGUGGGCAGCAAGCCAUAUUUCUCGGGGACCCGCAGCCUCUCUCCCAUGUCCGGUCUGUUUGGCUCCAUCUGGACCCCUCAGACCCACUUCCCACCUGAGCGAUCAGUCCCAGUGUCCCCCAUGUCUCCCAUUACCCCCAUAACCCCUCCUCACUCCCCAUUCACCCGGGAGCCAGAGGGAACCUACCGGCCCAUCCAGUACUCCAGCUUCAACCCGUUUGGGCCGCACAUGAACCUGGACAUAUGGAACUCUUCAUCCAACCGCAGCUCCAACUCCCAGCUCUCCAACGACUCCGGCUACUGUGGAGAUGUCUGAAUCCGAAAACCAGAACAGCAGACCUUAAUACUUGCAAAUGCCUAAUAUAAAAGAAAGGAAAUAAAAAUGAAUGUUCUUUUAUCAACAGUGGGGAAAAUGUGAAUAUUACUUUUCUUUUAUUUUCCAAUUUUCAGAUGUUAAAUGUUGUGAGAGGUGAAACAUUUGUUGUAUAUUUUUCUAGAUUUGCAGUUUUGAUCAUAGAAAAUAAAAGCAAGGUUUUGUACUUGAA